AUGUUUAAGAUUUUGAUAUUUGUCCUUUUUUUGCUCUGUUUUCAGUUUUCUUCUUCCUCAGAUUUGGCAGGUCAAGAAGGACCAAAACCUUAUAUUAAAAAGGAUUACGAAUAUGUAUCCUCGUUGAAUGAUUUAUUGGAGAUAAAUCGGCUCUCCAGGAGGAAUUUUUACAUAAAAGGAAAUCCAAUAGGAACUGGGAGAUAUUCAAAUGUUUUUUUCUCAUGGAAAGUCGAUUUGAGCCCAGAAACCAAGAACAAAAUAGGAGAAGAAACCCUUGUGAUUGAUCCUAGUUUACUUAAUUUAACAGAUCACCAAAUUAGUAUUCUCAAAGGUUCCCCUGUUGCUUUGAAAGAGCUAAAAAAUAUUCAAGAAUGGAAAAUUCUAAGAGAAGUUUCAAUUUUAAAGUUACUUAAUGGUUAUUCAGAAGAUGAUCUAGAUUUAAAAGAUCCAGAAGAGUCUUACAAGACACAAGGUAAGAAAUCUAUAGUUAAACUAUUGGAUAUUGUUAAGUAUCAUCAUCCUGUGAGAAAAAUUCAGAAAGGAGGUGUUCCUAAGAAACAUAUUGGUCUUGUAAUGGAAUAUAUUGACAAUGAACAAUUUUACUCUCUUCUUCCUGGACUUUCAUAUAGAGAUCUCCAAAAUUACAUGAGACAACUAUUGGAGGGGCUAAAAUAUGCAAAUUCUUUGGGAGUCUUUCACAGAGAUAUUAAACCUCAAAAUAUAGUUAUAGAUAAAAACAGGGGAUUACUUAAAAUUAUUGAUUGGGGAUUGGCAGAAUACUACUCAGAAGAUGAGGCUGACUUUAGCCCUAGGGUUGCUUCUAAAUGCUAUAAAGCUCCUGAAUUACUAUUGGGAAUUAGAAACUAUGAUUUUUCUGUAGAUUCUUGGUCAGUAGGAUGUUUAUUUUCCCAAAUGCUUUUCAGAUUAGGUACAACAAAGACUAAUUAUUUUACUGGAAUCUUCUCAAAAUAUCCAAAGAACUUUGUUGGAAUCUUUCUUAAGAAUUCUUUGAGUCCUGAUGCUCUUUUUCCAGGAUGGGACAAUAAUGAUCAACUAGUUAAAAUUGGUUCUUUGCUUGGAGGAGAUAAUAUCAUUUAUAUCUCAAAUAAAUACAAUGGAACAAUUUCUGAUGAACUUACUCUUUCUUAUCUUAAAAGAACUAGGAAGAUCUUUAAUUCAACAACCACAAGCUUUACUGAUCCCAGAACCUUUGAGUUUUUAAUCACUGAGGAGAAUCAAGAUUUGGUUACUUUUCAAGCCCUUGAUCUUCUUUCAAAACUACUUACUUUGGACUUUAAAUCCAGAAUUCACCCAAAAGAUGCUUUGAAACAUCCCUUCUUUACUUUAAAUCCAAGUCAGCAUUUGUGGAUCACAAAAGUUCCUGAUCCUUAUUUAAGAUCUUCUAUAUAUAAUAAUUUGUAUUUUUCAUAUAAAAAGUCUGGAUCUAUAUUUUCUACUGAUACUAAAAUUACCAGUAGUAAUAGAAACAAAGACUUUUGUCCUUCUAUGUCUCCAUUCCCACUAAUAAAUAGUAACUUUAGUAUUAUUUAA